CCCGCUGUCCAAGAAACAGCCGAACCGAGAGAAGGGAGUGGGGAGGGAGAAAGGCGGGGUGGGGGGGGGAAAGCAGCGCCUCAGCUUUUCUUCUCACAUCUUGCCGCUGAGAAGUGGGUCGCUGGGCGGUGCAGAUUUUUCUAAAUUCAAGAUUUUCUUUAAUUUUCCACCUAAAUCCUCCCCACGGUAAGGCCGCAUCCCCCGUAAUAAAAUGAAUUCUGAUUCGAGCUCUGUCUCCAGCAGAGCUUCAUCGCCGGACAUGGAUGAGAUGUAUCUGAGGGAACACCACCACCGCCGCCACCACCACCAGGAGAGCCGUCUCAACUCGGUCUCUUCCACGCAGGGCGACAUGGUGCAAAAGAUGCCUGGGGAAAGCCUCUCGCGGGCCGGCGCCAAGGCCACGGGCGAGAGCAGCAAGUACAAAAUCAAGAAGCAGCUGUCGGAGCAGGACCUACAGCAGUUAAGGCUGAAGAUCAACGGCCGCGAGCGCAAGAGGAUGCACGACCUAAACCUAGCCAUGGACGGGCUGCGCGAGGUCAUGCCCUACGCGCACGGGCCCUCGGUGCGCAAGCUCUCCAAGAUCGCCACUCUCCUGCUGGCCAGAAACUACAUCCUCAUGCUCACCAGCUCCCUGGAGGAGAUGAAGAGGUUGGUUGGCGAGAUCUACGGGGGCCACCACUCUGCCUUCCACUGCGGGACCGUGGGACACUCCGCAGGCCACCCAGCACACGCCGCCAACGCCGUGCACGCUGUGCACCCCAUCCUGGGCGGCGCGCUCUCAUCCGGCAACGCUUCGUCCCCGCUGUCCGCCGCCUCGCUGCCGGCCAUCGGCACUAUUCGACCUCCCCACUCGCUGCUCAAGGCGCCCUCCACACCGCCCGCGCUGCAGCUGGGCAGCGGCUUCCAGCACUGGGCCGGGCUGCCCUGCCCCUGCACCAUCUGCCAGAUGCCGCCGCCGCCCCACCUUUCGGCUCUCUCCACCGCCAACAUGGCUCGGCUGUCGGCCGAGUCCAAGGACUUGCUCAAGUGAGCGGCGGACCGACCGGCUGCCGAGGCUGA